AUGAUGAACGGUUAUUAUAUGAAUAAUGAACGUGAAUUAAAUGAGGCACGUGGAAUUAUAAAUCAAAUGAACGUUGAUGAUUUAAAAAAAUUAAUGAAUAAUGAUAAUGAAGUUACAAAACUUGUACAAAAUUUAUCAAGUAUUCAACAAUUGGAAACAAUAAGAGAAAGUUUAAAAGAAAAUAUUAAAAGUUUAGCUAUGCGUAAUCUUGAUAAAGAGCCAACGCUUAUUCAUGAAAAAGAAAAACUUGCUGAAUUACAUGAGAAAUUGGGAAAAAUGAGAGAAGAAUAUCGAAGUAUUCGAGGGCAAUAUGAUGAUCAAACUGGUGAAACAAGUCCAGAAGUGAUCUAUAUACUUUUACAAACAGCUGCAGCGGAUCUUGAACGAGCAACAGAGCAAACAGCCGAAGACUUUUUUUAUGGCGAAAAAAGUGAAGAAGAAGUAACAGAAUUCGAACGUCGUUUUAUUGAAGAUCGAAAACGAGCACAUGAAUUAAAAAUAAAAGCUGAAAAAUUUAGUGAAUUAAUGCAAGUAUCUCAAUCAACAAGUGGUUUAAAUUUUAAUCAACAUAUACGUAGUAGUGGAUAUCGUUAA